AAUUUGAAAAAUACCUUAUAUAUUUUGUCAUUGAGUAGAAAUAAAAGCAAAGGUUGGAGUAGAGUAUACUAAAUAUGGUUAACCCCAUGAACAAGAUGAGUCUAUUUUUGUAUACGAGUAAGCAUGUAUUUUCCUCCAUGAUAAAAAAACCAUAUUUUUACGAACAGAGACAACUCUUGUACGGUUGUCUAAGUUGCAAUGGUUCACUCUCCGAGGCCUUGUUCGAAAUGGCGAAACAAGGCCUCCAAGUGAAAUUCAAGGAAUAUGAUAUUCUAUUAAACGAAUGUAUAACCCAAAGGGCUAUAAGAGAAGGUCAAAGGGUACAUGCCAACAUGAUCAAAACUCACUAUCAACCUCCAGUGUACCUCAGGACAAGGCUUAUUGUUUUCUACAUAAAAUGUGGCCUUUUAGGUGAUGCUAGGUGGGUGUUCGAUGAAAUGCCUCAAAGGAAUGUUGUUUCUUGGACUGCCCUCAUAUCUGGCUAUUCUCAAAAAGGGCAUAUAUCUCAAGCUAUCCAUCUUUUUCUUCAGAUGUUGACAUCAGGUACUGCGCCAAAUGAGUUCACUUUUGCAACAGUGCUUACAUUAUGUACUAGUGCCAUUGGGUUUCAAUUUGGGAGACAAAUUCACUGUCUCUUAGUAAAGAGCCCUUUCGAAUCACACGUAUAUGUGGGAAGCUCACUCCUUGAUAUGUAUGCCAAAGCUGGCAAAGUUCAUGAAGCUCGAUAUGUUUUCGAAAACUUGCCAGAAAGAGAUGUUGUCUCUUGCACUGCUAUAAUCUCAGGCUACGCUCAACAGGGACUAUUUGAAGAGGCACUAGAGCUUUUUUGCAAGUUCCAGGCAGAGAGAAUGUCUUUCAACUAUGUUACAUAUACUAGUGUAUUAACAGCCUUAUCAGGACUUGCUGCAGUUGAACAAGGUAGACAACUGCAUGCCCAUAUUAUUCGAUUGGAACUGCCUUUCUAUGCGGUGCUUCAUAAUUCUCUCAUUGAUAUGUACUCCAAGUGUGGAAAAUUCACUUAUUCAAGGAUGAUAUUUAAUCAAAUGUCCGAAAGAACUGUGAGCUCAUGGAAUGCGAUGCUUGUUGGUUACAGUAAACAUGGGAUGGGAAAGGAGGUAGUUGAGCUCUUCAAAAUGAUGAGAGAAGAAGACAAAAUUAAGCCUGAUGAGAUAACUCUUUUAGCUGUGUUAUCUGGUUGCAGCCAUGGAGGAAUGGAGGAUAAAGGUGUAGAGAUUUUUAACGAUUUAAGUAGUGGAAAAGAUAGGGUUGAGGUUAGCAUUGAGCACUGUGGUUGUGUGGUUGAUUUGCUAAGUCGAUCUGGCCAAGUAGAAAGGGCCUUUCAGUUCAUCAAAGAGAUGCCUUUUGAACCAACUGCUGCAAUUCUGGGUUCACUUUUAGGUGCUUGCUGGGCUCACCUGUAUGUUGAUAUUGGUGAAAUUGUAGCCAGACAACUUUUGGAGAUAGAGCCAGAAAAUGCUGGAACUUAUGUAAUUCUUUCAAACAUGUAUGCAUCGGCAGGAAGGUGGGAAGAUGCUAGAAGAGUAAGAGAGUUGAUAAAAGCAAGAGCCAUGGUAAAGGAAUCUGGAAAAAGCUGGAUUGGUCCUGAUUUUAUCCAUGACACAGAAAAACAUAAUGGAAUGAGGACUUAUAUUCCUCAUCAGAGCUUGCUUAAUAUGGAUGAGCAGCGAAAAAAGAAAACGCUACUCCAUUGUUCCCAAGGUAGAGCUCAAACACAGCUCAGUUUGAUGAUUUAUUCACAUGGAAACUAUUGGUGAAGUCUUGCUCCAAAAUGGAAUAAAGCAUAUUUUGGUAAGAGAACUUGAUAUUUCUUCUUGUAUAUAAUGGGGUAGAGUUUUCUGAUGGAGCAACUCAUAGGUUUUCUUCUAAUUGUGAAGUGAUCAACUCUUCAAAGUGUUUGAUUAUCAUUGAUUG